AUGAACCAUUUGAAGUUUUUGACUGUGAUAAGCAACCAGGAGCUGAAGCAUGCGGAUGUGGAUAAGCAGACAAAGGAACUGCUUAGAAAGAUGGCGAAGGAGAUUAGGUCGUGCGCAUCAAUCCGGAAGGACGGAGAUCUUGUGCAUAUCCUACCGGAGCCUCAGCUGAUGUUUCCAAGGGAGUAUCUGAAGUCGCAUGUUGAGACGAAGUGGCAGAAGUUUGCAAGGAGCAAAGGAAUAAAGAAGAAGAGCAGGAGUGGGCUUGUCUAUGACGAGGAGAUUGGAGAGUACAUACCGCGAUAUGGGCCGUAUAGCAAGAAGAACCGCAUUUUGAAGUCUGGGCUGAUGGACAGUGAAAAGACAGUGUCAUCGCUCAGAAAGCAGAGGAAACGAAAUAUCGAGAAGAAUCACGCAAACAGAAUCGCAAAUGCAAGCAGAAUCACAGGAGCACCUAGUCAAAGCCAAAAAAAAUGA